CCCUGCGCUCGGAUUACGCAGCAUGCGUCGGGUAGGCGGUUCCGCGAUCGAUGCGCUGUCGCCGCCGAUCCUGACAGACGCGGGACGCGAGAGGAAGCGCUGGCUGCACCAGCGCUGUGCACACGAUGGAGCGGGGGUAGGGCACCCCCGAAGCGCCGCGUUUCCACCACCAAAAACACGCCUCGGCCCGACGCUUGGAGACUCACCGCCCCCUGUCCCUCCGAUGCCUCAUCCGCUGACGGCCCGGGCCACGCCCCGCCGGAGCAGCACGGCUCUAUGAUCCCGCUGGGCAUCUCCGUCCGACAGCUCCCCCUGCUGGCCUCCCUGAGCACGGCGCUGGACCCACGCUUCCGGCCGCGGUGGCGGGCAGUGGCGGUGGCUGUGCUGCUGGCACUGGCCCUGCUGCUGUACACCCACCGCACAGCAGGGGGCGGCGUGGGACAGAGACCCCCCCACGGCGAUGGGCGGGGCCGGCGCUAUGGCCGGCUGGGGUGGGUGGGGGCAAGGGGGGAGGGGCGCUACAAUGACACCUACCCCCUCAGCCCGCCCGAGCGCACCCCUCAGGGGGUUCGGUACCGCAUCGCCGUCAUCGCCGACCUGGACACCGCCUCCCGCAGUGAUAAGGACCUCACCUGGUUCAGCUACCUGCGACGGGGCCAUCUGCUGGUGUCAGAGAGCGGCGACAGGGUGGCAGUGGAGUGGGACCCGGAGCAGGUGGUGCUGGAGACCCACCUGGCCGAGAAGGGGCGGGGCAUGGAGCUGUCAGAGCUGGUGGCCUUCAACGGGCGGCUCUACAGUGUGGAUGACCGCACGGGCGUGGUCUACCACAUCGACGGCGACAGGGCCGUUCCCUGGGUGAUCCUUCCUGAUGGGGACGGGACGGUCUCUAAAGGGUUCAAAGCGGAGUGGCUGGCCGUGAAGGGCGAGCACCUGUAUGUGGGCGGGCUCGGGAAGGAGUGGACUACCACCACGGGGGAGGUCGUCAACGACAACCCAGAGUGGGUGAAGGUGGUGGGUUACCGUGGCGACGUGCAGCAUGAGAACUGGGUGGCCCACUACAACGCCCUGCGGAGCGCGGCCGGGAUCAGCCCACCAGGUUACCUGAUCCACGAGUCGGCGGCAUGGAGCCCCGUGCUGCAGCGCUGGUUCUUCCUGCCACGGCGCGCCAGCUCCGAGCGCUACGACGAGGCCGCCGACGAGCGGCGCGGGACCAACCUGCUGCUCAGCUGCUCGCCCGGCUUCCGCCACAUCACCGCCCAGCGCGUGGGCCCGCUCAACCCCACCCACGGCUUCUCCUCCUUCAAAUUCGUCCCCGGCACCGAUGACCAGAUCGUCCUGGCCCUGAAGUCGGAGGAGGACGCGGGCAGCAUCGCCACCUACAUGCUGGCCUUUGCCCUGGACGGCAGGAUCUUGCUGCCCGAGACCAAGAUUGGCGACGUCAAGUACGAGGGGCUGGAGUUUAUCUAG